AUGGCACCAACUAUCAUGAUGCGACCCACUAAAAAGGACUGGCAACGUCAGUCACAGUCCGAAUCCGAGGAUGACGACAUGGUUGGAAAGAAAGAUUUGAUGCCGCUAGUAAUGUCCCAAGUCGGCCAACAUUUUGUGCCCUUGGUUAUAACAAUGGUAGGUUUGCCAGCACGUGGCAAAACCAUUCUUGCCUAUAAGAUUCAACAAUAUCUCAACUGGACAAAUCAUAAGGCUAAAGUGUUUUCUGUGAGCUCAUACAGACGUAAACACAUCGAGUUGUAUAGUAGCCAUGAUCUCUUUCGUAAAGAAAACAGUGAAGCUGCUGAAAUCCGUCAAUUAAGUGCUCAAGAAGCACAAGAUGACGCCACCAAAUGGUUACAAGAUGGAGGAGAUGUAGCUAUAUUGGAUGGCACUCAUAUAACACAAGCUCGUCGUCAAAUAGUAUACGAUCAUUUUGCUAAAGUCAUGGGGUAUAAGGUAUUAUUUAUUGAGUGUGUUUGUGAUGAUGAAAUGCUUAUUGAGCUCAAUGUCAAAGAAGUAAUGCAAUUCAGUAAAGACUAUAGAAAUAUGUCCAGUGAGAAAGCUCUUGAUGAUUUUCAUCACAAGAUUGAACAUUACAUGGAACAACAUGAACCAAUGAAACCAAAAUCAGAAGGCUAUAGCUACAUAAAAUAUUUAAACGCAGGAGAAUCACUAACUGUUUGUCGUUUGAAUUCUCCUAUGCAAAGUGAGGUGCUAGCCUUUGUUUCAAAUUUCAAACCAUUAGCAAAAACAUUUUAUUUUUCAAGACAUGGAGAAAGUGAAAACAAUGUUUUGGGUCGUAUUGGAGGAGAUGCAGAAUUGUCAGUCCGUGGUCGGACUUAUGCCGCAGCAUUGGCACGCUAUUUUAAUAACGAGAAUCGUUUAGAAGGACUACGCGUGUGGACAAGUGAAUUGAAACGCACCCACCAAACAGCUCAAGGUAUUAAAGCACCAAUAGAACCAGUGCCCUUUUUGAAUGAGUUAUACGCUGGUGUAUGUGAAGGAUUGAGUUAUGAAGAGAUGCAAUGCAAAUUUCCACAAGAGUUUGCUUGGCGUGAUCAAGAUAAGUUACAGUAUCGCUAUCCGUGGGGUGAGUCUUACAUAGAUAUUAUGACACGAUUGAAACCAGUAUUGUUGGAACUCGAGGGAGAUAUGGAUAAUCUGUUAAUAAUCAGUCACCAAGCUGUUUUAAGAUGCUUACUUGGAUAUUUCUUAAAUAAGAAACACGAAGAAUUACCGUACAUUAAUGUACCUUUGCACACUAUCAUCAAGUUGACUUUAAGCGGAUACAAAUGUAAAAUGGAAGUUAUAAAGCUGAACAUAGAAUGUGUGGACACAUACCGAAUGCAACCAAAAAACUGCUCUGUCAAUCGUUCAACUGAUGAUGCCUUACUGACAGUGCCAGCUCAUUUUGAGAAUUUAUCUUUGUGGAAUCAUGCGCCAAUCGUUCAGCUUUGA